AUGGAUUCUCUUCCUUGCGAGGUAAUUGCUCAAGUUUUUUCUAACGUUCAUCCAAUCUACUCUGACUUGUUGACGCUCAGACAAGUCUGUUGGAAAUGGAAAAGAAUCAUCGACACGACUUGUCACCUUUGGAAGCAUAUUCACUUGGACGAUGACCGCGACUGUAUUACAAUGGAUCGUGGUACUACCGAAAAGGAUUGCAAAUACACAGCAAUUCUGGGCUUCUGUCUCAGAAAAUACGGACGGUUCAUCCAGUGCAUCAGAGCUGAAGAUCAACCAUUUUUAAACAGCCCAGAAGUGCGCAAGCUCAUUCCACGACUAGAGAACUUGCGCAAACUAGAUGUACCUUGGCUAACCUGGUCAAAACAGAUGGCAGAAAAUUUCAAAAGUAAAUCACUGAAGCACGUGACAAUAGAUGACUGCAUGAUACAAGAGCAUCUAUCUGCGUCUUGUCUCGAGAGACGAAGAGCAGUAUCUAGAGGUUUGAAAGGAUGGGAUCUGAGAUUCCUUUAUAUGUGGUUUCCGAACCUUGAACAUUUAGGUUUGCAUACAAGCAUUUACAAGAUUCGUCGUGGAAGUAUAGUCUCGAUUCUGGAUCCCAUGGUCAAGCUGAAAGAAAUGAGUUUGGAGUUGACUCCCUAUGCUCUUAAGCCUGGAGACGAGGAACUGAGUAAYGCUACUGGGGUGCCGCCCGUUCGAGAGAUUAUGAACUCCAGACACUGUUCAAUCCUAACGAGUCUAGAGUUGAGGUACUUAGCUUUAUCAUCUAAAGACUUGAUGGACUUCACAAGAGGGUUAACACGGCUGAAACACCUAGUUGUGGGCUCUAUAGCUUCUAUGAACAACGAGGUAUUCAACACAGCACUGGUCCUGGAGUCUGCGAGUUUGGAGGUUCUUUUCUUGUCAUCUUUGCCAAGUUCCUGGACACAAACCAUCAAGAUUUCCAUGCCAGAUUUAGAGGUUCUGGUUAUCUCUCAGUGCAUUGAGCUCAUUAGCUUAGAGCUUCUUACAAGUAAUCUAAUGACGCUGAUAUUGCGGGAUAAUUUGUCCCUUAGCAACAUAUCUGCCAAGUGUGAGUGCCUCACUGAUUUCGAACUGUUGGAAUGCUUUGAAUUUGACUUGGAAAGUUUCAAAAAAUUUAUCAAAGAAUGUUCGAACCUCAUGCGCCUUGAGCUGACCGUCGAAUGGAAAUCGAUUGAACUGACCAGUCAAGACUGUCCAAACCUGAGAAAAUUCAUUAUCAAAGAUGCUGAUUUGCUUCUGAGCCGAGUGAAAAUCGAUUGCCCGACACUAGAAGUCUUUAAGUGUAUCAGUUAUUACGCACCAAGGAAGAGUUGCAGACGAUAUGCUAAUAAAGAAUGCCAGUUUGAAAUCAUUUGCGAGGAUCUCAAGAAGUUCCACAUCAGUGAAGUCUAUCACACUACAGAGGUGCGUGUCCAAUGUCAAACCAUUGAUACUUUUGAUUUGAUUGGACGAACACUCGUUCUCAGACCGAUGGAGCUCUAUAUUACGGCCACGCGUAGAAUCAACGUUAUUUCCCUGAAAGACCUUAGUAUCAAGUCAGUCAGGAUUUGCUGCCCAGUGGUCAGUGAUAUUAUAUUGAACACUUGCUAUAUGCCCAAUAGUAAGAAUAAUUCAUGUAAGAUGAAAAUCAAAUGUGAAGACCUCAAAGCUUUACGGGUAAUCGAUUGCGAUCGAAUCAAGAAAUUCGCGUUGAAGGUCCCACAUGUUGAAAAACUGUCACUUGAUUCCUGCACUAGGCUGUGUGACCUACACAUCGCUAAGGUUUCUAAAGUCGAUCAAGUAAGGAUUGUCAACUGCCCACUUUUAAACUCCACCAAUGUUCUAUACAAAUAUUAA